AUGAAGACCUUCCAGAACCUUGCCAUUGUCCUCCUCGCCGCUUUGGGCGUCUCUGCGGUUCCUUCCGCAAGCGACAUCGAGACCAUCCAAGAUGCUGGUUUCACAUACAAGGGUCUCUCCGAGGGUACUAUCCAAGCUCGAUCGCUCGAGGCACGAUGCGGCGAGAACUACCCUCCUCACUCUGACUGCGUCAUCGGACAGUGUCAGUGCUCAGAGGGCUACGGCUGCUACACCUGCGGUGGCGGCCGCGACCAAUGUCAGCCCGGCCCUGGCUCUGGCGAGUGCUGGGUGAACUAA